AUGGCCGACUCCGAUCCAAAAGACCGCCCCAUACCGUCGGCGCCCCCGGAAAGCAUUGCAGAGUCGGCAAACAAUGUUUCCGCGACACAUCCUGAAACGGCACCAUCUCAAGAGGAAUCGCCGUCCUUCGACGCAGCCAGUCAUGUGAGCACUGAUGGCGAAUCCGAAGCGAAUCCAGCCUCCCCGCAGACUGAACCGUUACCGCCGACCCUAGAGCAAGCCCGCAUCUUCCUUCGAGAUAAGACCGUGCAACACGAAUCGCGACCACGCAAAGCCGCCUUCCUAGCCAGCAAAGGCCUCUCAUCCAAAGAAAUCGACCAGCUGUUGGCCGAAGAGGAUGGGCCGGCUGCCACGACAGAAGUUGCGGUGACGCCGCAAGAAAGCAGGGGCCCUUCGGCCGAACAGACGCCCUCUCGGCCCCCGAUUGUCACAUACCCAGAGUUCAUGGCGCGUCCGCCACAGCCACCACCACUCGUGACCCCCAAAGUCUUCCUCGGUGCUCUCUAUGGCAGCGCCGCGGUCUCGUCGCUUCUCUAUGCGACAGCUCGCCUCGUACUUGCUCCCAUGGUUGACACUCUUACCGAAUCGCGCGCCGAGCUGCACGAUACUGCAGCAACCAAUCUGACCCGCCUUCUCGGACAGCUCGAGACGGUCGUGUCUCAAGUGCCCGAGGCCGCCAAGGCCAGAGACAGCGGUGCGUCAGCUCGGUCUUCUCUUGCUACUGCCUCUACACUAGCAGACGACGACGGUGCUUCUACCGUCGAAAGCAGCGGCUCAUAUGAUGACCCGACGGAAGUGUUCCACCGUGACAUUGGCGUGCAGACGUCGCUGCCUCCAAGCCCGAACUUGGCACCAAAAGUCACCAUGGACUCUACCGUGCCAUCGACGUCCACAUCGUUGAAUGCACCGGCCGCGGACUCUGCAAACGAACCCUCGCAGAGCUACUACCAAGCCGAGCGACUAUCUAACUUGGUAGUGUCGGUUCGUAGCUUGAGUCAGGGAUGGGCCGGUCCUUCGGAUGUGCUUUCUGAGAUUCAGACGACGGUUGAUGUGUUCCGCGAAGACGUUGACAAGCUGUCACGCCCUCCUGCAUAUGCGUAUGGAGGCGGCUUUGGCAGUAGUAUAUACGGCUACGGAAGCAGUAUUUCCACAAGCGGCAGUUCCAGCAAGUACCCUGGCUACGUGACUACGACACGGAACGAGCCCGAUGACGAGAUUCGCAAAGCCAAGGAGAAUAUCCGGCGGGUGAAGGGCGCGUUGCUUACGACACGAACAUUCCCAACCGCACGGUGA